GACAUCCAUGACUGUGUCCUACACUCUCCGUGUGGCCAAUGCCCGCUUUGGGGGCUUUUCGGCCCUCCUGUUCCGCUGGCGGGGAAGCAUUUACAAGUUGCUCUACAAGGAGCUUCUGGUGUUCCUGGGUCUCUACGGACUGCUCAGCCUCACUUACCGGAAUCUGCUGUCCCAGGAACAGAAGCGCAUCUAUGCCCAAGUGGCCCGAUACUGCAACCGCUCCGCCGACCUCAUCCCCAUGUCCUUUGUUCUGGGGUUCUACGUGACGCUGGUGGUGAACCGCUGGUGGGCCCAGUACACGAGCAUCCCGCUGCCGGACCGCCUCAUGUGCGUGGUCACGGCCACAGUGCACGGGGACGACGAGCGCGGACGCACGCUGCGCCGGACCCUGCUGCGCUACGCCAACCUGGCCUCGGUGCUGGUGCUGCGCUCGGUCAGCACCCGCGUGCUGCGGCGCUUCCCCAGCGUGGAGCACGUCGUGAAAGCAGGCUUCAUGACCCAGGAGGAGAGGCAGAAGUUCGAGAGCCUGCACUCAGACUUCAACAAAUACUGGGUUCCUUGCGUCUGGUUCACCAACUUGGCUGCCCAGGCUCGAAGAGAGGGCAGAAUCCGGGAUGACAUUGCCCUCGGGCUGCUCUUGGAUGAGCUGAACCAAUACCGAGGCAAGUGCAGCCUCCUUUUUCACUAUGACUGGAUCAGCAUCCCUCUGGUUUACACUCAGGUGGUGACCAUUGCUGUCUACUCCUUCUUUGCCUUUUGCCUCAUUGGACGUCAGUUCUUGGAGGACCCUAAGAGCCCCUCGCCAGGCCAAGAGGUGCCCCUGGGGGACCUGGAUCUGUACGUGCCACUCACCACCCUUCUACAGUUCUUCUUCUAUGCUGGCUGGCUUAAGGUGGCUGAACAAAUCAUCAACCCCUUCGGAGAGGAUGACGACGACUUUGAGACUAACCAGCUCAUUGAUCGGAACCUGCAGGUGUCCCUGCUCUCUGUGGAUGACAUGUACGGAGACUUACCACCCUUGAACCGAGACCGCUAUUGGGGGGAAGCAGCAGCUCAGCCCCCGUACACAGUGGCUUCUGCAGCCGAUAGCCAGCGCCCCACGUUCUUGGGUUCCACCUUUAACCUGAAUAUGUCGGAGGAGCCAGCAUCUUUGGAGCCGGAGAAGGAAGCUGGGGCUGUCUCGGACUCUCCCAGCUCGGUGUGGGCACGGACACCGUUGCUUGGCCGCUUCCUAGGAGCCUCCGCCCCGUCUCCUGCCGUCAGUCUGCGGGCCUCACGCCCCCGGAAAGCCCAGGCCGCCACACCAGUCCCGGGACGCCUGCGCCUGGGCCGGCUCCUGCCCACGCCCGCAGCUCGCAUAGACGAGGAGGCUCCGGAGGCCUUAAGCUCGGAGUCUAGCUCCCAGGAGGAGGAUGAGGAGAAGGUCGCUCCUAGGAGCUAGGCCAGCCCAUGCCCCUGUGUGGAGUGGAGAUAAAGUGAAGAACUUCCAAGAAUGUAUUUUCUGUAUUUCAGUUUCUCUAGGUCUCUGUGACCUGUAUAAGUAUGCUGAGUAGUAGCCAAUAUGUACUUAGAUUUUAGAUAUAUGUAUUUAACCUAAAAUGAUGACAUUUGUCGCUGUUCAAGUUAUCAGUGUUUAGACAACUAGUUGCCUGAUAUAUGGUUCCUCCCAGAAGUAGGGAAUCUGCCGUUUUGGGCACGAAUAACAUCCAAUUAAAUGGGGGGGGGCACCUAUCUCUCAAUGUUCCCCCAACCCAUGAUGUAAUCCUUUGUAACUAAAACUUAUAAAAACUGUAUAUCUUCUCCCAAUUCUUUAGUCCUUCAACUGUGAGCUUUCUCUCUCUCUCUCCCUCCUCAUGGUGGAAUUGCUUGUUCUCAUGAGAAUUAAUUAAAUAAACAACUUUCCUACUUUUUACUUC